AUGUGCAGUGUGACAAGUAAAUCAUUGGUAUUUCUUGGACUGUUUUUCAACUGCCUGAAAAUGAUCUCUUCAGCUAACACAGCUCCAGACAUACCUGUUAUUGACCAAGCUUAUUCAAAACUUAGCAACAGCAUCACAGUGGAAUGGAGAGUGGUACCUGGGGCUAUUAGUUAUCUGCUGUCUGCACAAGAUGGAGAUUCCUUCAUUGAAACUGUAGUUACAAAUUCUGCAGGCACAGUGACGGGACUGAAACCUGCCACCUUGUACAGGAUCACUAUCAGAUCUAUAAAUUCAGGAGGAAAAAGCCAGCCAUCACCUUUCAAAAACAUCUCAACAGUCCUGGCUGCUCCAAUUUUGUUUGUUCAUUCUCCGAGUUGUGACUCCAUUGCAGUGAGCUGGAAAGCUGUGUAUAUGGCAGCUGGAUUCUCUGUGUCCCUCAUGAGAUCAGAUGGUUUGGGCAGAAUGCUGAAGGAGACCACCACCAAUACAUCCUCGAUAUUUACAAAUCUAGACCCAGGAACUCUCUAUACUAUCAAGGCAUAUGCCUGGAGUGUCAAUGGGAUACCUGGAGAUGAUUUCACAAAUAACCAAAGAACAGGUCCUAAUGCACCAGCGGAUGUUCAAGUAGCUUUUAAUAGUGGUACUUUAAAAGCUAUUGUUUCUUGGAUGCCAACAGAAGGAGCUCUAACUUACAGUGUGACAGCCUGCACUGGACUUUUGAAACUGAAGUGUAACACAUCUUCUGCCUCCUGCGUGGUGCCAUCUCUCCAGUGUGUCUCUGAGUAUUAUGUUUCUGUCACAGCAUACAAUGAUGCUCAAUCUAGUGAGCCUACCGAUGCAGUAAGCUUAAAAACUAUUCCUUGUGCACCAGUAAAUCUAUCAAUUGAAGAGGAUGAACCUGGCCACUUGUUAGCAUCAUGGUCUACUGUCAAUUUUGGUCAUUAUUAUGUGGUUUUUGUGAAGAGUGAUGAUGGCUUGGAAGUGCACAGCAACACAUCACAUACUCAAUGCCAUUUCCAGUCAGACUGUGGCUUCACUUAUUUCAUUAGUGUCUUUGCAUAUAACAAGGCAGGGCAGAGUCCUUUAGGUGAUUUUUUCAAUUACACCACUGCACCUUGUUGCCCCAGCGACGUCAGGGCCGCGUUCGUGUCGAGCGACACCAUGCAGAUCACCUGGGCUCCUGUCCGUGGUGCUGAACUGUACGAAACGAGAGCCAUUGGCUGGAGCGGCGCCGUGCUCUGCAACGACACCGCCACGGCCUGCACCUUAUCUGCCCUGCAGUGCAACACCUGAUAUAAUGUCAGAGUUUAUUCUUUCAGUGAGGCCAGGGGCAGCAACCCGUCAUGUGCAUCUAAGUACCUGGCAACAGCUCCCUGCAGUCCUGAAAUUAAAAAUAUCUCAAAGGAGGCUCUUUCUGUAAUCAGUGUGCGCUGGCAAUCUACCAAUGAAGAAGCUACCUAUAUUGUCACUGCCAGAGGCGAGGCUGGGCUUUGGCAUUGCACAAGCUCUGGAAAUUCUUGUACCCUAGUUAACCUUCCCUGUGGAUCUGCUUUCUCUGUUAGUGCUAUAGCAAGAUCACCAGCAGGACGGAGCUUACCAAGCUACAGUGUCCCUUUGGAGACAGCUCCUUGUUGCCCUAAUGACCUGAUAAUAACUCAAGUGACACAGUCUGUAACAAAUAUCAGCUGGUCUGUUGGGAUGGGUGCACAGACAUAUGUAACAACACUGGAGUCUCCAAAAGGAUAAACAAAGUGUCACACUCUUCAAAACUACUGUCUCCUGGGAUGCAUCACACGCGGCACUAACUAUACAGUAUCUCCGAAAGCAAUCGGUGAAAUGGGCUUGACAUCCACUUGCACAUAUCAAGGAUAUUCUUCCAGUGCUUGCUGCCCAUCUGGGGUGAAGCUACACAGACUCGGCAAUAAUAGCAUCAGGGCAUACUGGCAAGCUUCUGAUGAAACAAUAAACUGCAAUACUGAUUUACGUGGCUUAAAAGGCAAUUUCACCUGUACCCCUAGUUCAGGUCUAAGUAACUGUGACAUUGCUGAGAUACCUUGUGGGGAUGUCUACACAGUGGUAGUGUCUCCAGUUAGAGAUAAGGGGCCAAAGCUUACAUUUUGUCAAAAAAAAAAAAAAAUAUAUUCAGUAACCUGUUCUGGAAGCUCUGUUGGAACAGCUAUCAUGGAUGUUGAGGUUGUUCACAACACCAUUCUCCGAAACACUCUUCUUGGUCUUUCUUUCCGUGAAGCUGGAAAGACAACAACUGCGUUUAACUGCAAUGCUCACAGCUGCUUGAGGACUGGGAGGAGGGCAGCUGAACAGUUAGCCAUAGCCGAGAUCUAA